AUGCCUCUAUUGUCCCAGAGAACAGCAUACAGCGACAGCCAGGCCCGACUAUCAAGGUAUCAGGCUAUCCCAGCCUCCCAUGCAUUGUCCCCCAUCAAACCUCCAGUUCCUUGCCCACUCACCCUCCUCUGCUCUCCACCUGCAGUGCGCCGCGUGCCACCCCGGUUCUCCAUCCCGCCCACCAACCAUGAGGUGAUGCCGGGUGGCAGCGUGAACCUGACGUGCGUGGCGGUGGGAGCGCCCAUGCCUUACGUCAAGUGGAUGAUGGGAGUAGUAGAGCUGACCAAGGAGGAAGAGAUGCCCAUUGGGAGGAACGUGUUGGAGGUCACCAACAUCCUCCAGUCUGCCAACUACACCUGUGUGGCGAUAUCGUCACUCGGCAUGAUCGAGACCACCGCGCAGAUCACUGUCAAAGGUGAGAGGGCUGGGAAAGUGUGAGAGAGGUUGUUUGGGAUUUUGACUGUUUGUUGUGCCUGGGAUGCAGUGAGUUAGCUAAGUUGGGUAUCUAGAAAAGUAGCCCUCAUUCAAGAUCUACAUGUCAACAUCCAAAAUUAACAGAUGGAUCUAGAUCAACAUCCAUCUGAGAUAUUUUAUAGUGAAGAUUAAUAUAAGCUAGACAUUUUAGAUACAGUAUGUCUCUAUGUCUUUAGACUGCACUAUAAAAGCUUAGUAAGCUAUAGCUCAAACUGUAUUUUAUGUUUUGCUACCGAAGUUUGAUUGGAUCUUUGUUUCUCGUCACCAGUCAUCUGUCUUUACGUCUCAGAGAGAGUCUGGUAAAGGGGUCAUAUUUAAAGGACUAAUCCCUCAGACACCAGAUGACAGUGCAUGCAUUAAUAUUCUUAUCAAUAAUUCAACAUGGCUGAGACUUUUCUUUCCGGAAAAACCAACGAUGACAAACUACUGUAGCUAGAUAAGCAUCUCGAGUUUACUUUCCCAUUACAAAGUGAUCGUGCUUUCAGGAAAUAGGCUUACUCACUGUAUCUAAUAUGUACAGCACAAAGCAAUAUACAUGUUUUAAAUAAGGGGCUUAGAUAUAGACUAAUGAUUCCAAAUAGAAUUUGUAAAAGACUACUUUGUUAGUUACAUGUGAAAUGCUUGAAAACAAAAUAAGUUAUCAUAUUAUCUCUCCUUUCUCUGAGGUGAGUUGAGCAGCCAUGACAUAUGGAGAGAAAAUGAAGUCAGUUAAUUCUCCUAGGGAUUGUUAUUUGCACUCACUGAAACAACACAUAAUAUCAGUGUGAGUAUUUGUGAUGCUUGAAUACCUAUCAAUCGUUAAUUCACUAGAGUUAUUAGAGAGAACUUCAAUUCGUUUUAUGAAAGAUGAGUUUUGAACUGAGGGAAGUCUACUUCUGCACUGCUUACUUUGAGAAUGAAUGGGGUCCUAUGGCAAUACUAAACAAACACAAUAUGACUAUCAAAAAGCAAAUAAUACGGUAAGGGAAAUACAUAAACACAUAUCCAAAAACUCCCCAAAUUAGUUCAUGAUAUCACUCACAGUGUUGCCAGAUGGUGGGAUAUUUUCAAGUGUUGGGAGAGGCUCUCUCUCCUCUACAGAAUCCUACUGAUGAAUAAGUAUUCUGCAUAAAAGGCCGUAACGUCAUCUAACUUCUAUCUUAACAUCACUCAGCACUCAGAGUAAUACUUUAGAGGUUUCACAUUGUUCAAAGAAAUAUAAAAGCUUCUGUUGCCUUUUUUGGAUACGCCGCAUAAUGUCUCCGUCCAAAAUGGCACCCUAUUCCUUACAUAGUGCACUACUUUUGAUCAGAGCCCCAUGGGCCCUGGUCAGAAGUAGUGCACUAUAUAGGGAAUAGGGUGUUAUUUGGGACGGAGCCAUUAAUAGCAGAUGUCGAGAAAGGCGUUGGGAGUUAGGCGCUGUAGCUGUAUAAGGUUGUUCUCUUGCUCUAAUACCUAUCGGUUGCUAAUGCCCGUCUGAUGCCUGCAAGGCGAGCUGUUCUCCCUGUUUUACACCCCAACGCCUCUUACUUUAGCAGAUCCAUUUGGACUCUGACAGCGGUACUAUCAUAUACAAUGCAAAAGUGAUUUAGCAACCAUUUUCAGCCAAAAUUGUAUUACAAUGAUGCUCUUUCCAUUUGCUAUGGAAAUAGGAAAACCUGGGAGAGCAUGUACAUUACCAUUACCGUGAGGACGUACAUCUUGUGUUUCAAACUCAUACGCUAUGCCAGUGUAGAACAAAAUAGUAUUAUAUUAUACUCUUAUAUGUUAUGUAAUUUGUCACUUUGCAAUUCCAUAGAAUGUCAAAUAAUUGAAAAACACCACAAGAAAUCAUAGCACAAAACCAGCCAGAUAACUUACAUUCAGUUCACUCCAUUUUACAUUGCUUACAUCGAUUUUGAGUCAGUCUGCUUGAGUCUACUUUCUAUUCUGGUUAUUUAUUUCAGACUAACACCAACUAUUCUUUAGUAUCUUUAGACUCUCUUAAUAUUAUAAUUUUGUAUUGAUACUCCUUUACCUCACAUUGAACACAUUUUUCAUUUUGCCAAAGGGACGCCUCAAGCCCUGAAAUUGUUUCUUUGGAUCAAUAUAUAAAUAAAAAUGAAAAUAGAAAAUAUGCAUUACUCUAUUCAUCUCUCUAGUCAAGACUCUCAGACUCUCAGGUUAAUUGAAACAGGAAGUUUCGCCCUAGAUAGCAGAGAAGGAGAGAAUAGGCUUCCUAUUCAGAGAGAGAGAGAGAGAGAGAGAGAGAGAGAGUAUGGUGAGUGUGCUGAAUGGUUGGUGUUUUGCAUGUGAAUAGGCAGAGUGCGUGUCACACUGGGUGAGAGACUUUGCUUUGAGAGAUAAUGAACAUGGCUGAGUUGGCCCCUCCAGUGACAGGUGAGGGACUGAAAGAGACAGGCUUCUGAAUAGUGAUGGACUGAUAGGAUGUGAGUGCUGUCCUUCUCGCUCUUUUCGCUCUUGUUGCUGCUCACAGCUCUGGGGCCUGCGUUAGUGAGAUAGAGCACUUUCAACCUAUUUAAGGCCUUUAUAUGUAGUAUUCUGUUAGCAGGAUUGGACAAAGGAUGGGAGAAUAGAAUGGAGUAGAAUAGAAUAGAAAAUAAAGAGAAUAGAGUAGAAUAAAAUACAGUAGAAUAGUAUACUUUAUUGUCCAUUAAAACAGAUAUUUAUAUUUUUGCUGUUGUAAUCUUCCAUGACCAGUGUAUUUCCCUCCCUCCCCCUGGUAUGUCUGACAGCCUUGCCCAAGCCCCCCACCUCCCUGAUCGUGACGGAGACCACAGCCACCAGCGUCACCCUGACCUGGGACUCUGGGAACCCUGAGCCUGUGUCCUACUACGUCAUCCAGUACCGGGCCAAGGUCUCUGACAACGGCUUCCAGGAGGUACGGUCCAAUGGUUCCAGUGGCUCAGUGGGUUAGAGCAUGGGGCUAGCAACACCAAGGCUGUGGGUUCCAUUAUCACAUGGUUGUGAUUUCAAUUCCCACGUGGUUUAGGGAUUGAUUCCCACAUGGUUGUGGGUUCUCUUCCCGCAUAGGCCACAAAUACUAAAUAUAUGUGUCAGGGUCAAUGUUGACAGUUCUGUAAGUCACUUUAGAUAAAAGUCUGCUGAAUAACCAUAUUAUUAUCAUAUCAUUCUAUUUUAGGUGGACGGAGUAGCCACCACGCGCUACAGCAUCGGUGGCCUCAGCCCUUACUCCGAGUACGAGUUCCGCGUCAUGGCGGUGAACAACAUCGGGCGUGGCCCACCCAGCAGCCUCGUGGACACCAGGACCAGUGAACAGGCUCCCUCUUCGCCACCGCUGGCUGUACAGGCUCGCAUGCUCAGCGCCUCCACCAUGCUGGUCCAAUGGGAGCCGCCCGAGGAGCCUAACGGACAGAUCAGAGGGUAAAAUAUUAUAUUAAUUUUUAUUGAAGCCUUCAUAAACCCUUUAUAAGUCAUAUAUGCUUCAUAAAGCAUGUAUAUAUUUCAUACACCUAGGUUGAUAUAACAUGUCCUUUCGUCUGAUGCUUUGCCAAAUAUGUGUACAUUUUUUGGUUCAUUUUCUAAACAUUAUUGAUUGAUUGAUAGAUUUUCUAACCCACUCCUCCUCAGGUACCGGGUGUACUACAGCUCGGACCUCGGAGCCCCACUUAGUGGGUGGCAGAAACACAACACUGACGACAGCAGACUGACCACCAUCUCAGGGCUGACCACUGACAUCACCUACAGCCUCAGGGUGCUGGGGUUCACCUCUGUAGGAGACGGACCUCCCUCUGAUGUACUGCAGGUCAAGACCCAGCAGGGAGGUGAGUGGACACUCUGAAGUAGUACACCACCUACUACACUACCUAGGUGGUGAGUGUACAACUUAUGUAGUUGGGGAGAGCUGAGUGGACACUGUUACUUAUGAAGAAGGGACACUACCUAGGUGGUAAGUGAACACUGUAUGAAACAGCUCUGUUUCAGCUGUAGGUCUCCCCAAUAGAGGUUUCACUUUUCACUGAGUGAAUAUCCACAUCCACAAGGACAUAUUAUCUACUGUGUCCUCAAAGUACAACAUAGAUAAUGUCUACUCUACAGUUUCCUCCUCUUCUGACACCUCUGAGAAGAAAAGUGAUGAAGUGCCCCAGAAUAUUUUGUUGUGCAGACACGCUCAUCUGAAAUGGCUCCCUCUGUACUAUAGACUUACUCUAGCUUUUAAAGGUAUAAUGUAGCCACUUGAGAAAGUGUUCUGUAAAUUGCUGAUAUUUGUGAAACCGCUGUCUCAGCACUAUAACAGAGUAAAAGCACAGCAGCUGUGUCUCACAUCAUGUCUAUAGACUCUACAGUAGUAUAUAUGAUUCACUUUGUCCCCAAUUCUUUACCCGUCUGUCCAAAGUGUGCGCUUCCCUUUGUGGAUUUAAAAGAUAUUCCGAUGGUUUUAAAUGGAUGGGGAGGAUAAGGAUGUACCCGCGGUGUAUUCUGAGUGUUUCAUCUCUCUUUCUCUCUGCCUGUAGUACCAGCCCAGCCGUCUAGUUUCGAGGCCGAGGCAGAGUUGGACACCCGCAUCAUGCUGUCGUGGCUGUGGCCUGUCCAGGACCAGAUCACCAAGUAUGAACUGAUGUACUGGGAGGCUAACUCUGGCAACAAGGUAAAUGACUGAUAAUACCCUUACUGAUAAUACAGUCCGUCUACUCCAGGAAUGUUGUUAUCCGUCUCGAAGGACCACGGAAAAUAAUAGAUGUUUCUGUUAUCCUUUACUCUGUUAGUUGACUUUCAGGUGUUGCAAAUGCAAGCUAGGAUCCAAUAUGUAAUUCCUACUUUGUGUACCUUUUACAGUGCCUUGCAAAAGUAUUCAUCCCCCUUGGCAUUUUUCCUAUUUUGUUGCAUUACAACCUGUAAUUUAAAUGGAUUUGGAUUUGGAUUUCAUGUAAUGGACAUACACAAAAUAGUCCAAAUUGGUGAAGUGAAAUGAAAAACAUAACUUGUUUCAAAAUAUUCUAAAAAAUAAAUAACGGAAAAGUGGUGUGUGCAUAUGUAUUCACCGCCUUUGCUAUGAAGCCCCUAAAUAAGAUCUGGUGCAACCAAUUACUACCUUCAGAAGUCACAUAAUUAGUUAAAUAAAGUCCACCUGUGUGCAAUUUAAGUGUCACAUGAUCUGUCACAUGAUCUCAGUAUAUAUACACCAGUUCUGAAAGGCCCCAGAGUCUGCAACACCACCAAGCAAGGGGCACCACCAAGCAAGCGGCACCAUAAAGACCAAGGAGCUCUCCAAAAAGGUCAGGGACAAAGUUGUGGAGAAGUACAGAUCAGGGUUGGGUUAUAAAAAAUAUCCUAAUCUUUGAACAUCCCACGGAGCACCAUUAAAUCCAUUAUUAAAAAAAUGGAAAGAAUAUGGCACCACAACAAACCUGCCAAGAGAGAGCUGCCCACCAAAACUCAUGGACCAGGCAAGGAGGGCAUUAAUCAGAGAGGCAAAAAAGAGACCAAAGAUAACCCUGAAGGAGCUGCAAAGCUCCACAGCGGAGAUUGGAGUAUCUAUCCAUAGAACCACUUUAAGCCGUACACUCCACAGAGCUGGGCUUUACGGAAGAGUGGCCAUAAAAAAGCCAUUGCUUAAAGAAAAAAAUAAACAAACACGUUUGAUGUUCACCAAAAGGCAUGUGGGAGACUACCCAAACAUAUGGAUGAAGGUACUCUGGUCAGAUGAGACUAAAAUUGAGCUUUUUGGCCAUCAAGGAAAACGCUAUGUCUGGCGUAAAACCAACAUCUCUCAUCCCCCCGAGAACACCAUCCCCACAUUGAAGCAUGGUGGUGGCAGCAUCAUGCUGUGGGGAUGUUUUUCAUUGGCAGGGACUGGGAAACUGUCAGAAUUGAAGGAAUGAUGGAUGGUGCUAAAUACAGGGAAAUUAUUGAGGGAAACCUGUUUCAGUCUUCCAGAGAUUUGAGACUGGGAUGGAGGUUCGCCUUCCAGCAGGACAAUGACCCUAAGCAUACUGCUAAAACAACACUUGAGUGGUUUAAGGGGAAACAUUUAAAUGUCUUGGAAUGGCCUAGUCAAAGCCCAGGCCUCAAUCCAAUUGAGAAUCUGUGGAAUGGCUUAAAGAUUGCUGUACACCAGCGGAACCCAUCCAACUUGAAGGAGCUGGAGCAGUUUUGCCUUGAAGAAUGGGCAAAAAUCCCAGCGACUAGAUGUGCCAAGCUUAUAGAGACAUACCCCAAGAGACUUGCAGCUGUAAUUGCUGCAAAAGGUGGAUCUACAAAGUAUUGACUUUGGGGGGGGGGGGGGGGGUUAAUAGUUAUGCAAGUUUUCAGUUUUGUUUGUUUCACAAUAAAAAAUAUUUUGCAUCUUCAAAGUGGUAGGCAUGUUGUGUAAAUCAAAUCAUACAACCCCCCAAAAAAUCCAUUUUAAUUCCAGGUUGUAAGGCAACAAAAUAGGAAAAAUGCAGAGGGGGGUGAAUACUUUCGCAAGCCACUGUAUGUGGAAGUGUUAUAUAUUAACAUCGGGGAUUACAAUAUCUACUUUUCUCAUUGUGCUUUUUGAAUACUCUCUAGUGACAGGCAUAAACAUAAAUAGAGUAGCUAGCUAGCUAGUGCACACAAUAUUUGUUUUUGGCUCCUGGAUUCUGAGACUUUUACUAACGUCUCUUCUGCCUGUUUUCUCCCUCAGCUCAGUGUGACCUUCCCUCCUGCGGGGUCCUAUGCUGUGGAGGGUCUGAAGCCAGACACCCUCUACAUGUUCUCCCUGGCUGCUCGCUCUGAGAUGGGCCUGGGCGUCUACACGCAACCCAUCGAGGCCAGGACUGCCCAGUCCAGUAAGUACUGUACCCCAACUCCCUGACCCAAACCCAUCGGUCUUUACCUCUCUUUACCUGUAGCUAGACUUACUGUUGGACCAUAGGGGCUGUUUUUGGUCCACACCUUAAUGCCCAGACCCAUACGAUGGCCUUUUCCACUUCUGCGUGCAACCAUUUACCUGGAACUAGCUUUACUCUAGGACUUUAGUGAAUUCUUCUGUAUCUUACAAGAAUGUGGAGUCCAGGUGGGCAAAAGGUAGGUCGUAUUUUGCAGUCAAUUGUUAGUUGAGUAAUGGUGUUUUUCUUUAUUUUGAAGGCAUGCUAAAGUACAGGUCUUUGACUUCUACAGAGCUUGUGAAUUGAGGCCAGAGCAGUGAAAAUCUGUGAAAAUGUCCUCCUCUUUUGGCACUUACCAGAAAAAGCACUGACUCUUUUACCCACUUACCACAGGAAGAAGACUGGUCAUGUUUCAAAGCCUGCACCUCUAACCCACCUGAUCUUGAAGGCAAAAUGUAGGGUUUCCACCCACUCUGCUCAGAGUGGUGAAAAAACGCGCUUUGGUGAUUAAAAUUCACUUCCUUAUGUUAUAAAAUACAUUUUACCAAGACAAAUAUGAUUAUUCAUGUUCUGAAUCGUUCAGUGGGGUCCUUCUCUAACAUUUCAUUAACCGUAUAUCCGAAUAGUCGGAUUUCGUAACCUAAUACAUCUAAUAAAAAGCACCAAGCUCUUUUGACAGCAACGAAGCAUUCUUGCAACUUUGAGAAUUUUACAUGUUGUGGUGGUCGUCUUCAAAGUUGUUAUGGUAAUAUUUUAUGUAUCAUUAAGGCAAAUGUAGGGAAAUGUCAAAAUUUAAAUAUAGUAAACAUGAUUGACAUUCUAUAAUCCAGAUGUAUGUUUAAAUAAGGAAUAUAGCCAAUACAGUGUGUAAACAUAAAUUAAUGUAUGUAUGUGUAAUGAGAUUAGGGAAAGGGUCUGCUACCAAUAUAAUGAGAUUAGGGAAGAGGCUUCCUAUGGAAAAGCGCCCAUGACCUUUUGGAGUAAAUUACAGGUGACAUCUGGACGUUGAAAGCUAAGGUAGAGUGGUACUAAAAUAAGUUAAUCAGUUGCCCUAAGGGGAGUAAUUGUAUAUGCUAUGAAACAUGAUUAUGCAUUUGUGUAUAAAAGGGAGCUCUAAGCUAAAGGAAGACAGUUGUUCCAUGGAGCAAGCUCGGCUUUAUUAUGCAAUAAAGUCUAAUUCUUGGAUUCACAAGCUCCGGUGUCUUGAGAGAUAUUUUUGAGUUGACUAUUUUUAGUCAAAUAUUUCUACGACAUUGUUUCCGCAGGUCACAAAAAGCGAAAUUAGCAUGACACGAGCUGAAUUAAAUGUAAAAGGCUUUGAAAAUAAAAAGCUUAUGGUACACUCAGUGGUCUAUUAACAUUUCACAUAGAUACGCUUGUUUUUGUGAGAAAUCUUCAAAGAACAGGAAUUUUGCAUUAAUAUGUAAAGUGCAUACUAAAAUAUGAAAAUACUAAAUGUCAUGUCUUAAAAUUGAUAUCUACAUUAUCUUACCUCUAUAUUAUUUUAUGUCCUGCGGAUUCGAGAAGAAAGAUGACGAGUUCAAUGGGAAAGUGAGCCAGUCAGGUUUCUUUUUUUUGGCCCAAUUUUCCUUUUUUUUGCCCGCUUUUACAGCCUGAAUUUAAAAUUAUUAAAUUGAGCUUUUGUGUAACUGGUCUACACACAAUACCCCAUAAUGUCAAAGUGGAAUUAUGUUUGUAGAAAUGGUUACUAAUUAAUAAAAAAUGUAAAGCUUGAGUUAAUAAGUAUUCAACCCCUUUGUUAUGGCAAGCAUAAAUAAGUUCAGGAGGAGAAAUGUGCUUAACAAGUCACAUAAUAAGUUGCAUGGACUCACUGUGUGCAAUAAUAGUGUUUAACAUGAUUUUUUAAUGACUACCUCAUCUCUGUAACCCACACAUGCAAUUAUCUGUAAGAUCCCUCAGUCGAGCAGUGAAUUUCAAACACAGAUUCAACCACAAAGACCAGUGAGGUUUUCCAAUGCCUCGCAAAGAAGGGGACCUCUUGGUAGAAGGGUAAAUAUUAAUUUAAAAAAGCAGACAUUGAAUAUCCCUUCGAGCAUGGUGAAUUUAUUAAUUACACUUUGGAUGGUGUAUCAAUACACCCAGUCACUACAAAGAUACAGGCAUCCUUCAUAACUCAUUUGCCGGAGAGGAAGGAAACCGCUCAGGGAUUUCACCAUGAGGCCAAUGGUGACAUUAAAACAGUUAUAGAGUUUAAUGGCUGUGAUAGAAGUAAACUGAGGAUGGAUUAACAACAUUGUAGAUACUCCACAAUACUAACCUAAAUGACAGAGUGAAAAGAAGGAAGCUUGUACAGAAUACAAAUAUUCCAAAACAUGCAUCCUGUUUGCAAUAAGGCACUAAAGUAAGACUUGGCAAAGAAAUUAACUUUAUUUCCUGAAUAUAAAGCGUUAUGUUUGGGGCAAAUCCAACACAACACAUCACUGAGUACCACUCUUCAUAUUUUCAAGCAUGGUGGUGGCUGCAUCAUGUUAUGGAUAUGCUUGUCAUCGGCAAGGACUAGGGAGUUUUUUAGGAUAAAAAGAAACGGAAUAUAGCUAAGCACAGGCAAAAUCCUAGAGGAAAACCUGGUUCAGUCUGCUUUCCAACAGACACUGGGAUACAAAUUCACCUUUCAGCAGGACAAUGACCUAAAACACAAGGCCAAAUAUACACUGGAGUUGCUUAUCAAUACGGCAUUGAAUGUUCCUGAGUGGCCUAGUUAUAGUUUUGACUUCAAUUGGCUUGAAAAUCUAUGGCAACUCUUGAAAAUGGCUGUCUAGCGAUGAUCAACAACCAUCUUGACAGAGCUUGAAGAAUUUUUAUAAUAAUAAUGUGCAAAUAUUGUACGAUCCAGUUGUGCAAAGCUCUUAGAGGCUCGGAAAGACUCACAGCUGUAAUCGCUGCCAAAGGUGAUUCCAACGUAUUGACUCAUGGGUGUAAAUACCUAUGUAAAUGAGAUAUUUCUGUAUUUCAUUUUCAAUAAAUGUGAUUUAUUUUGUCAUUAUGGGGUGUUGUGUGUAGAUGGGUGAGAAAAAAAAUCAAAUGAAUCUAUUUUGAAUUCAGGCUGUAACCCAACACAAUGUGGAAUAAGUCAAGGGGUAUGAAUACUUUCUGAAGGCACUGUACAUGCCAGCAAUGAGAGGAACAUUCCUUGUCCCUAUUUGCAGUCAGUCGAUAACAUGCCGCUGCCCAUAGGCCGUUGAACAUUUUGACAAAUAGUAUGAUAAACCCAUUGCGUCAAAUUCCACUGAGUACAUAGAUACAGAACAUGCUCAUUUCCAUUAUGAUGCAGAACCCAGCAACCCAAAACAGACUGCUGCACAGAAGGCACGGCUACAUCAUAAAUGUCACGAUCAUUUAUAGUUUAUAAUGAAACAUGGCACCGUACUGUACUAUACGUUUUUAUGUAUGGCCUCGGCAUCCACCAACACAAUCACUGUCACCUAACCAACACUAAUAGCGUCGAACAGCUCCCCCUUAAUCGAGUUUUUAGCACACAGCCAGACCCCUCCACCACACUUCUGCUGUUGUCACUGCCUCAGCCUCCUCUCUGCUCCCCUCACAGCGCUGAGUGUGGUCUCUCCAGGAGAUCUAAGGGGUUGGAAGAUGAAAUAUUUAUGAUAGGUUUGCCAAAGAAAUCAGAGCUUAUUCUUAGCCAUUUGUUUUACUUGUCAGCCGUGAAAGCCUUCCUCUGUGGAAAGGGGAGAACCAGGUUGUGUCCCAAAUGGCACCUUAUUCCAUAUUUAGUGCACCACUUCAAUGGGCCCUGGUCAAAAUUAGUGCGCUAAACAGGGAAUAGGGUGCAAUUUAGGAUGCACACUAAACACCAUAAAGGGCUUUGGUUCCCAUAGGAACAGUUGUCCCUAAAAUGAGGCCUCUCUCUCUCUCGCUCUCUCUGAAGUCAGUCUUUAUCUGCCUGCUCACUGACACACAGAGCCACUGAGUCGCCAUGUCAAGAAAGGUGCUGCCACGGCAGAGAAUCCAGCAGGGCUGCUCUUUUCCCUUUCCUCCUUCUCUUUCUCUCACUCUGUCUUUCCAUGUCCUGUCUGUAUCUGUCUUCCACUCUUGUUUCUUUCUCUUUUCCUCUCGAUCUCAAUCUCUCUCUCUGUCCCUCUCCCUUUCUCUCCCCAUCUCUCUCUGUCUCUAUCUGUCCUUCUCAAUCUCUUUCAGUCAUUAUGUCUCAAUAACUUCCACUUUCACUGCAUUUCAAGCGUUCUGCUCUAUUCCCCUUGCUUCUCCAAAUCACUUUCACAACUCUAUCACUAUCUCUGUCCUCAAUAUUCUCAAUCUCCCAUUCACCAUGUCAUAUGAUCUCUCUCUCUCUCUAUCUGUUAUUUGCAUUCUUCUAUAGCUAUAUCUCUCGCUGCUUCUCUCCUCUGUAUCUUUUUGGAUUUCUUACAACCCCGUUCCUAUUUGAAACAUAUCUGUUGCAAUCUGUCUCCCACACAUAGACGCUCUUCCUCUCAUCUACUCCCACAUGAAUAUACACAUAAAGGUUCAGUUAAAUAGCAGGGAAUUACUCUGGAUGCGUCCCAAAUGGCACCCUGUUCCCUACAUAGUGCAUUACUUUUGCCCAGGGCCCAUAAGGGCUCUGGUCAAAAACAGUGCACUAUAUAUGGAAUAGGUUGCCGUUUAACCCUCCCGUUGUCCUAGGGUCAAAAUGACCCGCCACUGUGUUGAACCAACUUGAUUUAAUUUUUAUAUUUUUUGGAUCAUUUGUGAGAAGGAGGCAGUGAUACUUUCUUUAAAGUCUCACUGCCUCCUUCUCACAAAUGAUCCCCAAAAUAUAAAAGUUUAAUAAAGUUGGUUCAACACAGUGGCGGGUCAUUUUGACCCUAGGACAACGGGAGGGUUAAGAGACAUCCUCUGUAUUUUUUCUGUCUUUAUCUGUAUUUGAACUCUGUUAAUCACUUUGGUGUCUGUAUUCUGAAGGAAGGAAUGGCCUGUCAAGGAUUAGCCUCAUAUUGAAAGCAUAUUGUGUCCUGCUUCCUCACUGCUCUGGCUGCCAAAUCACAAGCAGGCAUGUUAAAUGUUAUUUUCUGCACAGUGGUCCCUCAGUAUCCCUCACCCACCCACUACCUUCCCCUUGUUCAUAUUGUGUUGUGAUAUUAUGUACAGUCGUGGUCAAAAGUUUUGAGAAUGACAAAAAAAAAUGUUUUCACAAAGUCUCCUGCCUCAGUUUUGAUGAUGCCAAUUUUCAUAUACUCCAGAAUGUCAUGAAGAGUGAUCAGAUGAAUUGAAAUUAAUUGCAAAGUCCCUCUUUGCCAUGAAAAUUAACUUAAUCCCCAAAAAACAUUUCCACUACAUUUCAGCCCUGCCACAAAAGGACCAGCUGCCAUCAUGUCAGUGAUUCUCUCGUUAAAACAGGUGAGAGUGUUGACGAGUACAAGGCUAGAGAUCACUCUGUCAUGCUGAUUGAGUUAGAAUAACAGACUGGAAGCUUUAAAAGGAGGGCGGUGCUUGAAAUCAUUGUUCUUCCUCUGUUAACCAUGGUUACCUGCAAGGAAACACGUGCCGUCAUCAUUGCUUUGCACAAAAAGGGCUUCACAGGCAAGGAUAUUGCUGCUAGUAAGAUUGCACCUAAAUCAACCAUUUAUCGGAUCAUCAAGAACUUCAAGGAGAGAGGUUCAAUUGUUGUAAAGAAGGCAUCAGGGCGCCCAAGAAAGUCCAGCAAGCGCUAGGACCGUCUCCUAAAGUUGAUUCAGCUGCGGGAUCGGGACACCACCAGUGCAGAGCUUGCUCAGGAAUGGCAGAAGGCAGGUGUGAGUGCAUCUGCACGCACAGUGAGGCGAAUACUUUUAGAGGAUGGCCUGGUGUCAAGAAGGGCAGCAAAGAAGCCACUUCUCUCCAGGAAAAACAUCAGUGACAGACUGAUAUUCUGCAAAAGGUACAGGGAUUGGACUGCUGAAGUCAUUUUUGAGGACUGGGGUAAAGUCAUUUUUCAUGAAUCCCCUUUACGAUUGUUUGGGGCAUCCGGAAAACACCUUGUCCGGAGAAGACAAGGUGAGCUCACUCACAAUUUUGCCUAAGAACACAGCCAUGAAUAAAGAAUGGUACCAUCACAUCCUCCGAGAGCAACUUCUCCCAACCAUCCAAGAACAGUUUGGUGACGACCAAUGCCUUUUCCAGCAUGAUGGAGCACCUUGCCAUAAGGCAAAAGUCAUAACUAAGUGGCUCGAGGAACAAAACAUCGACAUUUUGGGUCCAUGGCCAGGAAACUCCCCAGACCUUAAUCCCAUUGAGAACUUGUGGUUGAUCCUCAAGAGGCGGGUGGACAAACAAAAACCCACAACUUCUGACAAACUCCAAGCAUUGAUUAUGCAAGAAUGGGCUGCCAUCAGUCAGGAUCUGCCCAGAAGUUAAUUGACAGCAUGCCAGGGCGGAUUGCAGAGGUCUUGAAAAAGAAGGGUCAACACUGCAAAUAUUGACUCUUUGCAUAAACUUCAUGUAAUUGUCAAUAAAAGCCUUUGAAUGCUUGUAAUUAUAUUUCAGAAUACCAUAGCAACAUCUGACAAAAAUAUCUCAUAACACUGAAGCAGCGAACUUUGUGAAGACCAAUACUUGUCAUUCUCAAAACUUUUGACCACGACUGUAUUUUGCUCAAACUGUGUGUUGUUUAUGCGUUUAGUUGUUUAUCAUUUUUAUUAUUUGCCUGUUUGAAGUAUUUUAUUUUUCUUCUGCACUGUGGAGAAUCGUGUGAGAUAGAAAGGCGUAGCAGACUAGAAAAUAAAAUAUACACAUCUUCAGUAGAAGCAAAACACCUAUAUACCUACUAUAGCUCAUUUAGAAACUCAUUUCAGGCUGCCUGACACACACGAUUACUCUAAAGCACAUUGGUAAGGAGUUACAGGCUACAGUAUAUGGAGCGCUUCCUCCCAGUCCAGAAGUCCUGGAGUUCAUCCCAAAUGGCAUCCUAUAUAGGAUGGUAUUUGGGAUGCACCCCUGUUCCAUCCCUCUACCAUCCCUCCUGCUUGACCCCCCAACCCCCUCCAUGUGCCCCCCCCCCCUUCCCUUUCCUCCAGCCCCCUCAGCCCCACCCCAGGAGGUACACCUGCUGAGCCUCAGCUCCACCAGCAUUAAGGUGAGUUGGGUGGCACCCCCUGCAGCCAGCCGCCAUGGGGACAUCGUCCGCUACUCUAUGGCCUACCAGGCCGCCACGGGAGAGGACCUGGAGCGCCAAGAGGUGUCGGGCAUCAGGGCGGAUGUUUCUAGUUACAUACUGGAGGGCCUGGAGAAGUGGACAGAGUACCAGGUGUGGGUCAGGGCUCACACGGACGUAGGCCCAGGUCCAGAGAGCCCCGCGGCCAGGAUCAGGACCAAGGAGGAUGGUACGUCCAUGGUUGGGCCCAGACUGGGGCCUCCUUCCCUGGGGAAGCACCUCUGGCACUAACCCAGCCUGGUACUGGGUCUCUACUGCUGCUAAUACUACUACUACUGCUGCUGCUGCUUUCCCCUGACCUGUUUCUGCCUCUGUUUGGCCUCGCUGCUCCUCUCUGCCGUGGUCAGGCUGGAGACUCCUUUCCUAGCACUAAACCAGCCCUGCUACUGUUAUUACUACUGCCACUACUACUACUACUACUACUGUUACUUCUACUGCCACUACUGUUACUACUACUGUUACUACUACUGCCACUAUUGCUACUACUACUGUUACUACUGCUACUACUACUGCUGCUACUACUGUCACUACUACUACUACUACUAAUGUUACUACUACUACUACUACUACUACUGCUACUGCUACUACUACUACUACUAUUACUACUACUGUUACUACUACUGCCACUACUGUUACUACUACUGUUACUACUGUCACUAUUGUUACUACUGUUAUUACUACUGCUACUACUGUUACUACUGUUACUACUGCUGUUACUACUACUGCCACUAUGGUUACUACUACUGUUACUACUGCUACAACUACAGUUACUAAUACUACUACUGUUACUACUACUGUUACUACUACUGCCACUACUGUUACUACGACUGCCACUACUGUUACUACUACUACUACUACUACUACUACUACUACUACUACUACUACUACUACUACUACUGUUACUACUAAUGUUACUACGACUGCCACUACUGUUACUACUACUACUACUACUACUACUACUACUACUACUACUACUACUACUACUACUACUACUACUACUGUUACUGCUACUACUACUGCUACUACUACUACUGUUACUACUACUACUACUACUGUUACUACUACUACUUAGGGUUAAGUGCCUUGCUCAAGGGCACAUUGACAGAUUUUGAAACUAGUCGGCUCAUGAAUUCUAUCAACCUUUUGGUUACUGGCCUAACACUCUUAACCGCUAGGCUAUCUGCCACCCUACUACUGUUACUACUACUACUACUGUUACUACUACUGUUACUACUAUUGCCACUACUGUUACCACUACUGUUACUACUACUACUACUACUGUUACUUCUACUGCUACUACUGUUACUAAUACUACUAGUGUUACUACUACUACUACUACUACUACUGUUACUACUACUGUUACUACUAAUGCCACUACUGUUACUACUACUGUUACUACUAAUGUUACUACUAAUGUCACUACUGAUACUACUACUGUUACUACUAAUGUUACUACUACUACUACUACUACUACUACUGUUACUACUACUGUUACUACUAAUGCCACUACUGUUACUACUACUGUUACUACUAAUGUUACUACUAAUGCCACUACUGUUACUACUACUGUUACUACUAAUGUUACUACUACUACUACUACUACUGUUACUACUACUGCUCUCAACCCCUAGCCUUUACUACUACGUUCCCCAACGGUCUAUCUCUGCCUCUCUCUGGCCAGGCAAGGCCCUCUUUCUCUGGCCACACUACUGACACUAACCCUGCGCUGGGAUUCUUCUACUACUACUACUCUUCUACUGCUACUACCUCCUGAUGCUCUACUCUUUCUCAGUGGUGGAAAAAGUACCCAAUUGUCAUACUUGAGUAAAAGUAAAGAUACCUUAAUAAGUCACCCAGUAAAAUACUACUUGAGUAAAAGUCUAAAAGUAUUUGGUUUUAAAUAUACUUAAGUAUCAAAAGUAAAUGUCAUUGCAAAAAUGUACUUUAGUAUCAAAAGUAAAAGUAUAAAUCAUUUCAAAUUCCUUAUAUUAAGCAAACCAAUUGGCACAAUUGUUCGUGUUUUUUUAAUUUGCGGAUAGCCAGGGGCACACUCCAACCCUCAGACAUCAUUCAGAAACAAAGCAUUUGUGUUUAGUGAGUCCGCCAGAUCAGAGGUAGUAGAGAUGACCAGGGAUGUGCCCUUGAUAAGUGUGUGAAUUGGACAAUUUCUGUCCUGCUAAGCAUUCAAAAUGUAACGAGUACUUUUGGGUGUCAGGGAAAAUGUAUGCCGUAAAAAGUACAUCAUUUUCUUUAAGAAUGUAGUGAAGUAAAAGUAAAAGUAGUCAAAAAUAUAAAUAGUAAAGUAAAGUACUCAGGUACUUUACACUACUCUUUCUAAUGGCCUCUCUGCUUUUCUUUGACCACUCUUUUCAUCCUGUCAGCUGUUCUUUUGACCACUAUUUUCAUCCUGUCUGCUUUUCUUUUCAUCCUGUCUGCUUUUCUUUUCAUCCUGUCUGCUUUUCUUUUGAGCACUCUUUCAUCCUGUCUGCUUUUCUUUUCAUCCCGUCUCUGCUUUUCUGUGACCACUCUUUUCAUCCUGUCUGCUUUUCUUUUUACCACUCUUUUCAUCCUGUCUGCUUUUCUUUUGACCACUCUUUUAAUCCUGUCUGCUUUUCUUUUCAUCCUGUCUCUGCUUUUCUGUGACCACUCUUUUCAUCCUGUCUCUGCUUUUCUGUGACCACUCUUUUCAUCCUGUCUGCUUUUCUUUUCAUCCUGUCUCUGCUUUUCUGUGACCACUCUUUUCAUCCUGUCUGCUUUUCUUUUGAUCACUCUUUUCAUCCUGUUUGCUUUUUUGUGACCACUCUAUUCAUCCUGUCUUCUUUUCUUUUGACCACUCUUUUCAUCCUGUCUCUGAUUUUCUGUGACCACUCUUUUCAUCCAGUCUGCUUUUCUGUGACCACUCUUUUCAUCCUGUUUCUAGAUGGGCUGUGCAUGGUAGGCUAGCACAAAACGAUGGUCAGCUCAAGAAGCGAGCAUGCUCUGUGUGUUUAUUACUGACAUUCAUAAAAUUGCACUCUCUGUGUGUUUAUAGCUGACGUCCUAAUAUUGCAGCCUAUUCCCUAUGGGUCUCUGGUCAAAAGUAGUUCACUAAAUAGGUAAUAGGGUGCCAUUUCGGACGCAUACAGAGUAUGCCGCCUCACAGUGUCACAGCUGCACGAUCCAGCGCCUGUGGUCUCUAAGUCUAAGACACCAUUACACUAAAUCCUUGCAAGGGGCUCCACCUGUUUUGUCAAGACUCAAUCCACCACAUCGUAACCUUGAGCGCAAUAGGCUCUUUUCCUGAGCCACUGGAGAAAAUCUAAGUAUCAGCGGAUAAGUCCAGGAGGGGCUAAAGACCUAUGGGCAGCAUAGUGUGCAGGGCUGUAGAGCCCAUCCCUCUUCUUCUCUUCUACACCGUGUUGCUUCGUUCUCUAGCUGUUCGUCCGUCAGUACAGUGUGUGGACCGAAGCUUUUCCUAAUGUCCUCUUUUUCUCCAUCCGAUAAAGUGUUUCUGCUUCUUUCUCCAGCCGUCUUUGGUGACCACAACUAACAAAUGAAGACGGCUUGUGCCUUUGAUGCCGCUCCCCUUCCCUCUUUCCUGCCUUUCUCUUUUUCUCUUCCGUUUUAAUUAUGUUAGGCUUUUUCAUUGUCUGGAUUAAUUGUCUGGAUUAAUUGCCUGGAUUAAUUUGAUUCCCAGGUGCCAUUAUUGUGUUUGAAUUGUCUGUGUCUAUAUUCCGAGCAUGAGACCUGUCUCAGGGAUCAUAAUGGCUAUUCGGCUACUCUCUCUGUAGUGUAAAGUAGCGUACAUCUUUCUCUCUCUCUCUCUCUCUCUCUCUCUCUCUCGCUCUCUCGCUCUCUCGCUCUCUCGCUCUCUCUCUUCCCUUCUGUUUUUCAUUGUGUCUCACCGGGGCAGUUAGGGCGUUCAUAUAAAGAAACAGCCAAAGAUGCCUUCACAAGAGACAAGCAGAAGCAUUGUUUUAGUUAAGCACAAUGUUCCUCUCCCACUCAAUCACAUCCAAUAGAGGGGGAGAGAACGGGAGACAAGGGGGAGAAAAGCGUCGGGGAGGGAGCUUCGAGGGUAAAAAAGAAAGAGCUGCAAUGCAAAAAGAAAUUCAAAACUGACGACUUGCAGGGACCUAGCGAUCUCUCUAUAGACCAUCUGUUUCUCUAUAUUCGUCAGAUCCCUAGCUCGCCCAAAUUUUUAAAAAAAUUUUCUAAAAACCCCCCCCCCCCCCCCCCUCUCUUCUAAAUUUCUUACACACCUCAUUUAAUCUCAACAUUGCAUUUUUUUCUUUCCCCUUGCAUUCUUCUUCUCCCUGGUUUUAAAGCGUUUGGAAGGGGGGGAAAUAGAAAAAUAAGGAGGAACGGAGAGAAAAGGCAGAGCAAAGGAGGAAAACAAAGAAGGAGAGAAAAGAGGGAAAGAGAAGAGGAGGAGAGAACGAAGAGAAAAAGAAGAAAAAAGCGAGGAAAGAGAGAGGCGAAGGUUGUUGAAAGGGGGAAAAAAAGAAAGGGGGGGCCCGAGAGAAGGAGAGAGCGACCAAGCACGAGCAGAGGGGGACGAGAGAGAGCGGGAGAGAAGCGAAGACGGAUAGCGAGAGAAGAAGAGAGCGAGAGAGAAGAGAGCGGAGAGAGAGAGAGAAGGAAGAGAGAGAGAGCAGAAGAGGAGAAGAGAAGAAGGCAGAGAGAAAGAGAAGAAGAAGGGAGAGAGAAACGAAGAAGUUAGAGUCGACAGAAGAGUCACUCACUCUCUCUACCUCUAUUCUCUCUUCUCUCUCUAUCUCUCUCUCUCUCUCUCUCUCUCUCUCUCUCUCUUUCUCUCUCUCUCUUCUCCCUCGUCUCUCUCUCUCUCUUCUCUCUUCUCUCUCUCUCUCCUCCUCGAUCUCUUCUAUCACCAAUGAUCCCCACACCCCCACAGCACAGCAGCACCCACAGAGCUGCCUGCCUGGUUCCCUGUCCAAUCACAGUGAAGUCUCAUUUGCUCUGACACUGUGGUUAGGGUGCGCUGGGCCUUGAAGGCUGGGCCUCUGGCUCACAAUUCAUUUGUUUUAAUAAACUGAAAUGAAGCCAAUCUCUCAGCCUAUAAUUAUUGAGAUCUAGCUGCAUCUAACCCAAGCAGAGUGUGUCUGUCCUUGAUGGUGGGGGAUAUACAGUAUAAAGCUGGGCUGUCUGUCAUGUCAGCUGUGUUGUGUGCUGGGAGCUGCAGUUGUCUGUCUGCCUGCAAUGGCCACCAUCAGAUCCCUCUCUCCAUCUCUCCCACACCACACUUGAUAUGUGGGGGAUGUACACUCUUAAAAGUAAAUGUGCCUGGAAGAACCUUUUGGGUUGCCACACCAGCGGAACCUUUCCAACUGAAAAAGGUUCCUCAAGGAACCCCUCUGAAAAGGUUAUUUGAGGAACCCCUGUGUAAAGGUUCAUACCGUGACCUUUUUGUGAUGGGAGGGGUUACAUUUUAAACCUUUUUAAUAAUAUAUUGUAGAGGUGGCAGCCUAUCAGAUUGAAGGUGUGGCUUAUUGGAGGCGUGACUUUCAGAUAGUUAUUUUUGGUCAUCUGUUAGCGUAAAUGUCAUUCCUUUUCAUCAUGUUAAGUUGUACACUCCAAAGUAAAAUGUUCCUCUAAUAGUUAUGCACAUUACAUAUUUUAAUAUAAUAUUAACAUUUCUGAUUACAUACAGUAAUAAAGUGGUAACUAUUCCAACUUUGUGAUUUGCAUAGACUCUUGAGCAACUCAUACACCUCUUUUUUUUAUUUUAUUUUAAUUUAACUAGGCAAGUCAGUUAAGAACAAAUUCUUAUUUACAAUGACGGCCUACACCGGCCAAACCCGGACGACGCUGGGCCAAUUGUGCGCCGCCCUAUGGGACUCCCAAUCACGGCCGGUUGAGAUACAGCCUGGAAUUGAACCAGGAGGUCUGUAGUGACGCCUCAAGCACUGAGAUGCAGUGCCUUAGACCACUGCACCACUUGGGAGCCCUGUUAACCUCAUUGAAGCUAAAAAACUGUCAGUGUUCAACCUUAACAUGUGAUGACAAUACAACAGAACGGAUGAACAGGAAUGACAUUUACUCUUAAGGGUGGCCAAAAAAUAUAUAUCUGAAAGUCAUGCCCCUACUAAGCCACGCCUCCACUCCAGGGUUCCUUGAGGCUCUCCAUGGUUCCUCGAGUCACCACUCAUUCUAAGAGUGUAUAGUGCUGCCUGUCAGUUGUGCCAUGGGUCGUAGACUGUGCUGGGAGUCUGGCUGUACCUGCCAUGGCCACCGUCAGAUCCCCCUCUCUCCUCCUCUCCUCUCCAUGUCCUCUGCCACACUGGGUUGAUGGGCCCCCCCAACUGACUACGACUAUACAUUCCCAUUCCCUCCCAGAUCUUUAUUAAAUGACCAGCUGAGUAGCUUUCCCACUGCCCUGAGCUGACAAGCACAUUAUAUGCGCUUGAUUGUCUUCACACAGUGGGAUUCUGGAAAAAGUGCAUUAGCAACUUCAUGAGUAGAGGGGACAUUCUAGAAACAAGAAAACCCGACAUGAACCCGCUCCAUCUCUGCAACUAGGUUUCCAUGGAGACUCCAUGGGAGUGAGUGGGAGCUCUUUCUCUGAUGAGAAUCAGACAGCCAGGGAGGGAUGGAGAAAGAGAGAGGGGUGGGGUGGGGGGUAGAAAGAGGGAGAGAGAUGGAAAGAGAGAGAUAGAGGGAGAGAGAGGGAGGGAGACAUGAAGAGAGAGAUACAGAGAGAGUGUGAGAGAGAGAGAGAGCGAGAGAGAGAGAUGGAGGGGAGAAAGACAAUCGCUGCUGGCUGCAGUUCAACAGCCCAGUCCAUUUCCAACAGCCCAGUCCAUCUCCAACAGCCCAUCUCCAACAGCCCAGUCCAUCUCUAACAGCCCAGUCCAUCUCUAACAGCCCCAACACUGAAAUAUGAUAGUCUGUGUUGUUUUAAAACAAUAGGGUUCAUUGUUACAUCGCUUUUGGUUCAGUCUGAAACCAGCAAGUACAAAUUCAACCCAGCAGUACUCUGGAUUGAAACCUUUGAAGACCAAACCUCAAAGACUUCAACAGCAUCAUGUGUACAGUAUGUCAGUGUAUAUGUGCUGGGCUUCUCUGCUUCUGUACCUCUUCCAUUUUACACAGGUCCGGUAUGCAUUCUAAAUGGCACCCUAUUGCCUACGUGGUCCUCUGUAGCUCAGCUGGUAGAGCACGGCGCUUGUAACGCCAGGGUAGUGGGUUCGAUCCCCGGGACCACCCAUACACAAAAAUGUAUGCACACAUGACUGUAAGUCGCUUUGGAUAAAAGCGUCUGCUAAAUGGCAUAUUAUUAUUAUUAUUAUUAUUAUUAUUAUUAUUACAUAGUGCACUACUUUUGACAAGUAGUGCACUAUAUAGGGAAUAGGGUGCGAUUUGGGACGCAGACCUGGGCUUUGUGUUUAUCUGUUAAUACAACAGCCAUAUUGACUUUUCCUCUUGUGAAGGUCGGUGUAGGCAGCAGGAUUCUGCAGGAUUCUGGAAGCUUGCAGAUGUAUUAUGAGGUUAAAUGGUUCCAAUUAGCAGAGCUGCUGUGCAUAGUGCUGACUGGCAGAUACUGAGCCUUUCCUCUCCUCUCUGCUACGUGGUGUUGGGUUGGGGAGACUUCUACACUAACAAUCUGCUUAUAUCUGUGUAUUGAUCUCUUAAUACAGGCCUUUAUAACCUGUACCGCUUUCCUUCCUUAUUUUCCUUCUUACUCUCCGCUGAAUCCUAUUGGCUAUCAUUACCAAGCCACGCUACCUCUGCUGCUUCCUAUUGGCUAUCAUUACCAAGCCAGGCUACCUCCGCUGCUUCCUAUUGGCUAUCAUUACCAAGCCACGCUACCUCCGCUGCUUCCUAUUGGCUAUCAUUACCAAGCCACGCUACCUCCGCUGCUUCCUAUUGGCUAUUUUUACCAAGCCACGCUACAUUCGCUCAUUUUUAUUGAAGUCAUAUUUGUAUUAAUUUAAAGUUUCCCCUGGUAGCUGACCCUGCAUCCUGGAGGUGCUCAUAAUAAGCCUGUUUCAAUAGCAGCUCUGCUCUUCCUCUGCCAUGAAGCAAAAAGUUUGGCCACUCAACCCAGCAGCCAACGUCCCCCCCUAAGGGACCCCAUGAGAUGCUUUGAUUGAUCUAACCUUAAAAAGUAGCUCAGCUGGGGAUGAAGCUUUGAUGCCAUUCUGAUAGAGAUCUAGCUAGCUAUAGAGCGCUGUGUUUGGAACAGGCUUGGUUGGUCGUCUUCCAUGAUGCUAUGGGUACAUCUGAAAGAGGGUGCCGUUUCGGGCGCAGACCCUGUCUGUAAGGGUUUAAGCCUAUCUGUAUCCCUCAGUCAGAAUUGAAGCUCAACUUGUUACCUACCCUAAAUUGUUACCUAACCUCUGUUACCUGUUACCCUCUCUCCCCAGUGCCUGGAGCUCCUCCCAGGAAGGUGGAGGCUGAUGCCCUGAACUCCACAGCCCUGAGGGUGACGUGGAAGCCCCCCCUCCAGGUGAAGCAGCAUGGCCAGAUCAGAGGGUACCAGGUAGUCUACUCACGACUGGAGAACGGAGAGCCUCGAGGCCAGCCCAACAUCAUGGAUGUCUCCCUACCUGAGGCACAGGUACUGUCUGUUGCCACUACUGGAUGACACCAACUCACUCAGUACCACACAUAAUCUCCCACACCUUAAUCUCCCUGUCCAAUGUCCCAGUCAGACCUGGAUUCAAAUGGUAUUUGAAAUCUUUCUAAUAAUUCAACUGGAAACCAAAUUAAGACUUAAGCUGUGCUUGAUUGAGCUAGCCUGCCCAUUUGGCGCUCCAGAAAGGCUCAAGCAAAUGCUCAAAGAACCCAGGUCUCUCAAACUUUCAAAGAUUCACCUCACACAGUUCUCAGUCACUCGGAAUGGAGAACUGGGGGAGAUGGAUUUUGCUCAGUAGGUAAUGACAGUUACACUCUGUCAGUGGCAGGUAAUGGUAAUCAAUCACUAUGAUUAGUUAAUUACUCCUCUUAACGUGAUUGAAAAGGUCUUGUUUAUGUCCUGUGUGUAUGUGCCUUUAAAAACCACAGUGAAGAAAUCCUUCCUUUUCCAUUUCCUCGUCAGUGGAAUAAGGCAAGGAUGAAAAUACCAAAAUAACUGUGUUCAGUCUCUACCUAUGCUGCUGAUGAAAAUGCAUUAUGUGAUUUUAUAUUUAGAUAUGAAUUUGGGGUGGCCUGCCUUUUAUGUAGAUGAGAAUGUAAAUUAACUGCCUUGUUAUUCCAGGAAAAUAAUGUUAUUUUAUAUUGUUGUUUGGGUUCAUCUUGUUGUAGUAAUCGUAAAUGAAGAAUAUAAACAGCAUAGACUUAAUCCUGAUAAGGAAUUCACACACACACACACACACACAUACAUACAUACAUACAUACAUACAUACAAACUAUCUGGUUCUCUCUCUCUCUUUCUCUCUCUCUCUCUAGUCGUAUUAUAAUGUUGUAGUUUUCCGUGUGCGGUACGGUAGGGAGAGGGUGUAGGUACAGGGUGUUAUCCUGGUAUUAGCUUGUGGGAGCAUGCCUUCCUUCUCUCUGAAGCAGUGUCAAGCCCUCCUUCAGCUUCUCAGCACGCCAUGCCAUUCUCCUCAGAUAGCUGCAGGCAAGCCUAGCUGACACGGUAGGUAUGGAGGUGUGAUGAGAUGUACAGCGAGACAAUUCACUAGACAACAUGUCUGAUUCUGCUGCUGUGUUACAGCGGUUCACUCAGGCAAAUCUACUGUAUUAUCCACAUCACUGGCAUUUGUAUUGGUGUGCUGUGAAUGUGGGAUACUCUGCUUGUGCAUCUUGAAUCUGCAGUGUGCGAUUAGUACGUGGCACGACAGCAGGUCUGUUGUUUUUCGAAUUGCAGACUGACCCUUUAAACACUUUUGUUUAGUUAAAAAGCUGUAGCAUACAGUAGAUAAGAAAAAUAAUUGGUCAUGACCUAGCCGGGUCAAGCAGACUGACCACUGUGCUCAUGUUUCUUUUUACUUCACUGUGAAACAGAACAUGAGCUAUCGCGAGAUCAGGCUGGUUCCAACAGACUACUGUUGACCAACAGUGUUUCUGUGACCUUGCUAUCAGACAUCCAGCUAAAGACUACUUCUCAAAUCCCUGUUCCUUGAUGGCUGCUGUAUCUGGUCUCUGUGAUGCACCACUCCUUUGACACACACACACACACACUGCACUGCACCACUCCUUGACCAAGCUGAAAAGUCAUGUAGUCUUAUCAUGUGGUGUGAGGCCGAUCGUUCCAGUCAUUUCACAUUGUUGUUUUUCUCUCUCUCCCAGAGAUGUCUCACCUCCGAUUUCCUUCAUGAGGUGCAUUCCUGUCUUAUCUGGGCAAGGAGCAGGGCUUGAUAAAGGCCUCUGCCUCUGCAUCCCCCUACCACAUUUAUGACUCACAGAUACAGGCAAUGACACACACACACACACACACACGCGAACACGGGAGCACACACAUGGACUUACACACACACACACAUAUGCACACACACACACACAUACAGUAUCCCUGUGAGUGGAUGUGUUUUUCAGGGAACUGUCUGGAAGGCUCACCUGUCGUUAGUGACAAAAGAGACUUGACUCUACACCUACAGUAGGGGAGAGUGGGGUAAGUUGAGCCAAAGGGAUAAGUUGAGCCAUUGUGAAGGAAGAAACCACAUGGAAAAAGUGGUAAGCAAGUUAGGUUCAGAAAACAGAUUUUCACCAAGUCAAAUAAAUGUAUUGUGUUAGAGGUUUCAUAAUACUUGUAUCCAAACCAAAGUAGAUAUUUUUAAGAUUGUUUUAUACAUCAGUUGGGAUCUCUAUAAGCUACAAUAUGAGGUCCUAAACCUAGCAUGAAAGUGCAUCCCUGUAGCUGUGUGAGCUAAUAUAGUCAAAAUGUUUGUCUUGGUGUAAGUUGAGCCAAUGGUUGAGCUAAUGGCAAGUUUAGCUAAUUGAAGUGUUUCUUCCCAGGCGUAAUGUAAGGCAUUAUCUCUGGGAUAUGAGGUAACAACAGGUCCUGGCCUAUGUUAAAAGUGUUUAAAAAAGUACAAAGUGUUUGUUAGGUGUUAAGCCUGUGUUAAAAGAUGCUUAACAUUGUCAAAAGACAAAGGAUUGUGAUUGUGUUGAAUUGUGUUAGGAAAAUAAAGAUAUACAUGGUUUUAAAAAGGUAGUGGUAAUAUUUCAUUCAGUACAGACAUUUGUAGGCGGCUUAACUUACCCUGUCCCGCGGCUCAAUUGACCCCAUACCCGGGGUAGUUUGUGCCAAGAGACCACUUUUUAUGGACAAGCUAUGUUUUCAAAACUGUAAUGUUUACAUGAAUUCUGAUUAUUUCCAGGGAUACACACCAUCCUGAAAUAUAUAUAGAUAUCUUUGUUACCCCACUCUCCUCUAUGGAGCAACACACACACACACAGCAUACAGACAUACAUGCACACACACACACACACACAGACACACACACACACACACUCCUCCUCUCACAACUCAGAUUGACCCAUGACACAAAUUGAUUGCUGAAUUUUGUAGUUUUUUCCUCCUACUUUUAUUCAUAGAGAUUGGUCAGUUUUUAUUAGUAAGGUUUCUUAUUAAAUGUCUCUUGCCAAGCCAGUGGAGUGUUUUCAUAUUAGAAUCAAUAAAUAGUCUGCAGUAGUUUCCUUAGUCCUCUGCGUUGGAAUGCCACACAGACAUGCAUGGGCUGUUGCUCUGAUCUGCUACACAUACAUAUGGCCUGAUUUGGUAGGGAGGAGGAGGAGGAGGAGGGAGGAGUAAAAUAAGGGUAAUUAAAUAAUACUUGGAGGAUGAGGAUCCAUCUAUAUUAGGCUGUGUGUCAUUGGGUCUCUGUUUUAUAUGCAACACACACACACACACACACACACACACACACACUCUGUUGGAUCUCUCUCAGUCUGUCGUAUAUACAUCACACUCUUCUUUGUGAUGGAUGGAUUCCGUCCCUGGUGCGGUGCUGAAUCACUUUAAGUGGGCUGUUUUGCCAGGCUCAGGUCUUAAUGCCAGUGCAGAGCUCCUCAGUCCACGGUGGCCGGCUGUGCUGUGCCCAUGUUUAUGGCGCCCACGUCCUUGUCAGCCCCAUGAAAAACAGGCUCUCUGGCUCCUGCUACUGAUGAAGCCUGGGAACUAAAUUUGUUUGAAAGAGGCCAUAACCAUUCCCCUUGGUCGUUUAUACAACGUUACACACCGAAGGACAGAGAUUGGACACUUUUUUUAUUGGACACUUUUGUUAAUGAUGUAUUUCACUUGCUUUGGCAAUGUAAACAUGGAAUGGAAUUGAAAGGAGCUUGUUGCAGAGAAACAUAUUAGCAAAACUAUAAGCUGUGAUCACUAUAGACAUAGAGAGAGAGAACAGCAUUUCAGUGAGAGAGAAACUAACACAUUGUCUAGACUAUAAGCUGUCAUCACUAUAGGCUUAGUAGCGUGUUGUUUUUCAGUUGAAGGAAGCUUUCAAAUUCCCCUAGCCGUUUUACUGUGGCUGUGGGUCGUCUCUAUAGAACAGCAGGCAAGCUUGGAUUACUGCUCUCUUUGUCAUGCUUAUGACAAAAGCCUUAAUGACAGAGUAAAUUCCACCAUAUCAAAUGAUUGGCCGUGGAGGUUGGAGACACUAUGGGACAUAAAGGUUUAAUUGCCUGCCAACUCCCUGCCCAGUGUUUUACGACGCCUUUACCGUUUAUGUUUAUACCUGACUCUCCUCUCUCUCCAUCUGUCUUUCUCAAUUCAGUUCAAUUUAAAGGACUUUAUUGGCAUGGGAAAAAUAUGUUUACAUUGCCAAAGCAAGUGAAAUAGAUAAUAAACAAAAGUGAAAUAAACAAUCAAAAAUGAACAGUAAACAUUACACUCACAAAAGUUUCAAAGGAAUAGAGACAUUUCAAAUGUCAUAUUAUGUCGUGUUGUAACGAUGUGCAACAAGGGAAAAUAAAUAAACAGAAAUAUGGGUUGUAUUUACAAUGGUGUUUGUUCUUCACUGGUUGCACUUUUCUUGUGGCAACAGGUCACAAAUCUUGCUGCAGUGAUGGCAGACUAUGGUAUUUCACCCAAUAGACAUGGGAGUUUAUCAAAUUUGGAAUUGUUUUCUAAUUCUUUGUGGGUCUGUGUAAUCUGAGGGAAAUAUGUGUCUCUAAUAUAGUCAUACAUUUGGCAGGAAGUUAGGCAGCUCAGUUUCCAUCUCAUUUUGUGGACAGUGUGCACAUAGCCUGUCUUCUCUUGAGAGCCAGGUCUGCCUACGGAGGCCUCUCUCAAUAGCAAGGCUAUGCUCACUGAGUCUGUACAUAGUCAAAGCUUUCCUUAAUUUUGGGUCAGUCACAGUGGUCAGGUAUUCUGACUCUGUGUACUCUCUGCAAUAGCAUUCCAGUUUGCUCAGUUUUGUUGUUAAUUCUUUCCAAUGUGUCAAGUAAUUAUAUUUUUGUUUUCUAAUGAUUUGGUUGGGUCUAAUUGUGUUGUUGUCCUUGGGUUCUAUGGGGUCUGUUUGUGUUUGUGAACAGAGCCCCAGGACCAGCUUGCUUAGGGGACUCUUCUCCAGGUUCAUCUCUCUGUAGGUGAUGGCUUUGUUAUGGAAGGUUUGGGAAUCCAUUCCUUUUAGGUGGUUGUAGAAUUUUAAGGCUCUUUUCUGGAUUUUGAUAAUUAGUGGGUAUCGGCCUAAUUCUGCUCUGCAUGCAUUAUUUGGUGUUUUACGUUGUACACAGAGGAUGUUUUUGCAGAAUUCUGCAUGCAGAGUCUCAAUUGGUAUCUGUCCCAUUUUGUGAAUUCUUGGUUGGUGAGCAGACCCCAGACCUCACAACCAUAAAGGGCAAUGGGUUCUAUAACUGAUUCAAAUAUUUUUUGCCAGAUCCUAAUUGGGAUGUCAAAUGUUAUGUUCCUUUUGAUGGCGUAGACGGCCCUUCUUGCCUCUCAGAUCGUUCAUGGCUUUGUGGAAGUUACCUGUGGUGCUGAUGUUUAGGCCGAGGUAGGUAUCGUUUUUUGUGUGCUUACAUUUUAGUCAUUUUAGCAGACGCUCUUAUCCAGAGCGACUUACAGUUAGUGAGUGCAUACAUUUUCACACUGGCCCCGUGGGAAACGAAUCCACAACCCUGGCGUUGCAAGUGCCAUGCUCUACCAACUGAGCUACAGGGGACUGCUCUAGGGCAACAGUGUCUAGAUGGAAUUUGUAUUUGUGGUCCUGGCAACUGGACCUUUUUUGGAACACCAUUAUUUUAGUCUUACUGAGAUUUACUGUCAGGGCCCAGGUCUGACAGGAUCUGUGCUGAAGAUCGAGGUGCUGCUGUAGGCCCUCCUUGGUUGGGGACAGAAGCACCAGAUCAUCAGCAAACAGUAGACAUUUGACUUCAGAUUCUAGUAGGGUGAGACCGGGUGCUGCAGACUGUUCUGGUGCCCUUGCCAAUUUGUUGAUAUAUAUGUUGAAGAGGGUGGUGCUCAAGCUGCAUCCCUGUCUCACCCCACGGCCCUGAGGAAAUAAAUGUGUGUGUUCUUUGCCAAUUUUAACUGCACAGUUGUUGUUUGUGUACCUGGAUUUUAUAAUGUCGUAUGUUUUUUUCCCCAACAUCACUUUCCAUCAAUUUGUAUAUAUUUUUUUUAAUCAACAAAGCAUGAGAAGGCUUUGCCUUUGUUUGGGUUUGUUUGUUUGUCAAUUAGGGUGUGCAGGGUGAAUAUGUGGUCUGUCGUACAGUAAUUUGGUAAAAAGCAAAUUUGACAUUUGCUCAGUACAUUGUUUUCACUGUGGAAAUGUACGAGUCUGCUGUUAAUGAUAAUGCAGAGGAUUUUCCCAAGGUUGCUAUUGACACAUAUCCCACGGUAGUUAUUGGGGUCAAAUUUGUCUCCACUUUUGUGGAUUGGGGUGAUCAGUCCUUGGUUCCAAAUAUUGGGGAAGAUGCCAGAGCUGAAGAUUAUGUUAAAGAGUGUAAGCAUAGCCAAUUGAAAUUUGUGGUCUGUAUAUUUUAUCAUUUAAUUUGGGAUACCAUCAACACCACUGGCAUUUUUGGGUUGGUGGGUUUGUAUUUUGUUCAAUGUAAUUGGAGAAUCGAGCGGGUUCUGGUAGUUUUCUCUCUCUCUCUUUUUUAUCUAUCUCCUUAUCGCUCUCUCUCUCUCUCUCUCUUUCUCUCUCUCUCUCUCUUUUUCUCUCUCUCUUUCUCUUAUUUUUGGACACCUGAAGGAUCCUAAGAGGCCCCAGUGUUGA